UUGCCCGGCAAGUGAGCGAGAUCAGACAUCAGAGUUCGAGUUCGGAGAAGCACCAGAUUUUGGGUUUUUUACGCGUUUUCUUUGUUUAUUCAACAAUAUUUUGGCUGUGAAUCAGGUUCGAAAAUAUCGAGCAGGUUAAAAGUCUUUUUUCGAGAAGGAAUGGCGAAUCAGGUGUACAAAAAAGACGGAACGUUGGGAGGAGCCCGUCAUGGCGAUUCGUACCAAGUGCACGUACUGAUGCUGAUCUUCGAGAGAGCGGGCCAAGCUGAGAAUACUUUUGCGGAGUUCCGUCUGGCAACCGAAAUGGAAGCUGCUGGAAAGUUCGACGAUGCAGUUCUGAACUGGAGAUGCGGUACCGAAUCAAAGUGGUUGUUGGUACAGGUGAAGCACAAACAAAAAGCAACCAAGCUGACCGAGUCGAGUUUUUUUCCGGUUGAGGAUAAAGAAAAGGCAAAAGGAGAUUUUUCGGUGUACAAAUACCUCGUAUCAAUGAGUGACGUCACAAACAACGAUGGUGAAUUCGCUGGUGAUAAGAAAUUUAUAAUCUAUACCAAUUGUGCCAUAGAUAACAAGAUUGAAAGAUGGUUUACCAAAGCGGAAAUGAAGGAUGAAUUUGCCUUAUUAACCAACAACAAGGAACUGUUUAUGAAUAUGAAUGCCGAUGAAAACCGGGUCAAAAAUAUCGUUCAAUUUAUGAAUCAAGAUUUCAUUCAGUUGGCCAAAACGAUCAAAACCAUUUUCAUUGAUGGAAUCACCGACUAUGAAGUUGAUAUCAUAACAAAAUACAGAGGUGCAUUGGUGCAAAAAGUGUUGCUGGUCGAAAAAAAGGUAGCCAGCUUUACUCCAAGAUUCAUCAAAAGGGUAAAAUUGACUCAUAAUGAAAUGCUGUUACGGCAACAAUUAUUCGCAGAAGACAGCACAUUGGCUCAACUCCAAAGCUUCAGCACUUCCGACGAAAAGGUGGUCAAAACCCUUACGGGCAAGACGAACUCAGAGAAUAGUCUUCCCUACUUUAUUUCGGAUACAGAGGUAUUUGGUUACCUCAAAAGAUUAAUAUUCGCUGUGAAUCAACCAGACAACGAGGAGCUAAAAUCCAUGAUCCAGAACGACUUGAAACAUUUUUCUCCAACGAAGGAAGACAUCGCAUGUGAAUGUUACACGGAAUUGCUUUAUGCGAAGUUACAGAAAAUGAUUUUUGAUCGGUUGAGUUGCACAGGAUUAAGCGCACGAUUUCUCUCAAACGAAGAUCUUUGCGAAGAACUUUCCACAUUGCAACAAACCAUCGAACAGUCCUCUUCCGAUUGGCCGACACUGAAGUUCAACGGAGUGAUGCAGAGUUUGCGUGUUAAAUUUGCCAAAACCAUGCCGCUUCCCAACAGGUACCCCCUGGCAUUGAACAGUACUACCGAAGCAGGAUUACUUUCUAGCUUGAAAUUAUUUCAAACUGUUGAGAAUCAAAACUAUCGAUAUGCAUCGUUCAAGGAUAUCAAAAUUGCCAUUUUCUGUAAAAAACUGCGUGAAACUUUGGCCAAAUCAUGUAAGGAGAUCUUCCUGCUACUUAAAGAUGAUGGUACUAAGAUUGAAUGCAUUGAUGAAUUACUAAAAGUUGUACUAAAUAAUAAGAAAGUAAAACUGAUUCUUCUAACUAAUGAUGAUAAUCGUGCAACUCAGUUUUUUGGAAAUCACGAAUAUACUACUUUAAAGGAUAGUGAUACCAGGCUGGAUAAGUUGGGCCUACAAAGUCAACAAAUGCUUUUUGCGAAAAAUGUGUUAUUCCAAGGUGUUGAAUUGUCUUUGGGAGAAAUAAUUCAGACGCGAAAAGAACUUUUGAAAGACACCUUGCUAGAGAAGAUUAUCCAGGACGAAUCUAUCGAAAUUGGUGAAGCACCUCCGGAAGUGGCAGUGAAAAAUUACAUACCACGUAUAAUUCGUAGAUGUGAUUCGGGCGAUUCAACGUUCAAAAAUUCCAGCGACUCUGACGAUGAUGAUUCAAAGAUGCUGCCAAGUUAUAGUGAACACGAAUUCAUCAGGAAAAUUCCUACCUUCUUCCAAAGUUAUUAUGUAGUUGUUCUAUCGGCGGAACCGGGUAUGGGCAAAACAACUCUUUGGAACCAUCUCACACCGUUAAUCAAGCAAACGUACACGGCAAGUUGGGUACUGCAUAUCAAACUUUUGGAUUGCGUGAAUGAGUUGCGGAAAGUUUAUCGAUUCGAGAACAUCGAAAUGGUCACAGAAGCUCUGAUUCGAAUCUUUCAAAUCAAAUCAAAUUUUGAAAAGGCGCUUUUUUCGGCAUCUUUGAGAUAUGGCGAGCGCAAAAAAACUAUAAUUCUGCUGGAUGGGUUCGAUGAGUUGCCUCACGAUACUAUCACUAGUGUGAUGAGUCUUUUCAAAUGUCUACAAUAUUACUCGUACUUGCUCGUGAACACACGAAUCCAUCAAAAAGUGGUUCUUGAGAGUGCACUGGAUACAGGCACGUUUACAUUGGAGCCGAUUGAUAGACACCAACAAAUGGCACUCCUGAAAAGUACGUGUGAUGUUCCUUCGAGUAACCAGGAACUUUCCUCAUUAGUUGAUCAGCUGUUCAACAAAAUUCCUAGAAAAUCUUUGGAGGCUGCAGAAAACAUCAUUGGUAUACCGCUGAUGGUUGUGAUGCUGGCGGAAAUCUUCAAACCACUCGUUCGGACGUUUUUGAAAGGCAGAGAUUUUCGAGUGAUCAACUCAAUGUCGUUGGACUCGCUGACGCUUUUGGAUAUAUAUGAGCUUUUCGCGUACAGUUCAUUUCGUCGACAGUCCAUAGAAAAACAAAAUCUUGACGCAGAAAACCCACUCACGGAACGACUACUGCACAAACAAAAUUACUUGUACAAAGGAUUCGUUAAACUGCAUGGCUACCUUGGGCUUGUUAAGCUGGUUAAACAGCAGAAAAUGCACUUGAUAUUUCGUGAUAAAAAGGACAUUUUGGAAUUUCAGGAGCAAGCCGCUUUGCUCGAUUCAGCAAUCAUCUCCAAGUACGAACAAGAUAUUCCCCACUUCAACCAUGCAUCGUUCUGUGAGUAUUUUGCAGCAAAGUGUCUGUUUGUCCGCCUCACUCGGAUGCCGAGGGAUCAGCUGAAGGACUUUUUUGUCAAACCGGAUGGUGUGCGUAAUGCUCCCAAGAAACAGUGCAUUGACGACUUGUACGACCUGUACCACAAAGUCCUCCGGGAUUACGCGACGGUUCGAAAGUUUUUCUUCAUGAUGGCUAGAGAGGACGAGGAAUGCUGGAAAAUGCUGGAAGACCUUCUUUGGUCCAUGAGACCGUAUCCGCUGUUGUGGGCUUGCGAGGAAGGCUUUGCGGAGCUUGUCAAACGACUUUUGGAGGAAGAUCCGUCGAUUAUAAACUUCAGGACCAAACAGAAGGAAACUGCACUGCAUUUGUCGGCCGCUCAAGGAAAUGAUGCAAUCUGUGCACUUCUUCUCAAUGCGAACGUGGAUAAGAAUGCUGUUGGCAAAAAUCGUCUGACUGCGUUGCACGUGGCUUCUUCAAAGGGACACUUUGAGGUCGCCAGUAUACUGAUAGCACGUGGAGCGUCUUUGUCGCUUGGGGAUCGUAACCUGCAGACGCCACUUCAUCUAGCUGCUCAAGCUGGUCACGCCAAAAUAGUUAGGCUGAUAGCAAAGCAAGGGUUCGAUGUGAACAUACUGAACAAAAGUCGGUGGAGUGCUCUCCAUCUGGCCAUAUUCAACGGUCAUUUUGAGGUAGUUAAAAUUCUGUUAGCUAAUAAUGCACGACUCAGAGUAGGAAAAGCACAAAAUUGGCCAAUGCUUCUGGGAAAUCUCAUUACAAAUAACAAGUCUGCGAUCGCCCAAAUGUUGGUUGCGCAUGAGGCUAAGUUGCUUAUGGAUCCGGAGAACAUUAUAGAGAUAUUGCUAUGGGCGAUUAGACGAAACCAUGUCAAAAUUGUAAGCUCAAUGAAAUCAGCAGGAGAUAAUCUACAUUUUUACGAUACGCAGUCAAAAGUUUGCACCGUUAGACUAGCUUUGCGGAGGCAGUGUUUUCAAAUAGCCGAAAUUAUCAUAUCCAACCAGUCAGGGACCUGUGAAGAUAUUGAUUAUCCGUUACAUGCAGCUGCCGAAGCAGGAAGCAUUCAAUGCGCUGCUCUCCUGCUAAAAAGAAAUACAGCAAAAGUAAACACCAUCGAUGAAAAUGGUUUAACUCCAUUGGAUUUAGCGGUAAAGAAAGGUCACACGAGUAUUGUUAAGAUGCUGCUUGAUGCAGGUUCCAAAAUCAAAGAAAAUUUGCUGCACACAGCUGUUAGAAAUAAUUGUGAUGAAUGCGUUAAACUGUUACUUGCUUAUGGCGCUGACAUAAAUUACGCCGAUAGUGCCAACCAAUGGACACCUCUUCAUAUAGCGGCCAUUCGUGACAGUUUAGAGUGUGCAUCAGAACUUUUGAAACACGAAGAGUGUCGAAUCGAGGCCAAAGACAGUGCUGGUCGAACAGCACUCCAUCUGGCUGUUACAUACAAAUCACUUGUAAUAGUACGAGAAAUCCUGAAGUUUGCCCAUCACCGUAGUCUGGACACGCUAAAGGAGCUGUUAUCCCGAAAAGACAACUCGGGCUGUACGGCGUUGGAACAAGCUGACGCCACUGGUAACUUUUACACCGCUUAUGACAUCGCUGAAAAGGUUUCAUUUGUAGAAAAAUGCUGUCUCGUUUGAAAAAUAUGUGAAUUGGAAGAAAUUGGAAUCAACGACUUCUUUGUAUCAUAUUUGUAAAAUAACAACUUUUUUUUUCUAAAUUAACGUUAGUGAAUUUUAUAAGAACAAGUAACAUCGAAACAAUAAAGCACAUCUUUAACUGUAAACUGA